CCCUUCUUGCAGCUCGGGGGCAACACAAUGUAUCAAGUUCUGCAUGAUAACAAGUUCCUGUAUGACUCGUCCAUGCCAACCCAGAAGUUUACGGAUCCGCCGAUGUGGCCCUACACGCUGGAUUAUCGAUCGACACAAGAAUGCGUUAUUCCGCCAUGUCCUACAGAUUCAUUCCCUGGUCUUUGGGAGGUUCCUAUGAUCGACUACACCGAUUCACGAGGAAAUCCAUGCAAUAUGAUUGACGAAUGCUACCCACCAGCCAAUGAAACGGAAGCAUAUGAUCUAUUGUCGACGAAUUUUGAGCGACAUUACACCACGAACAGAGCACCAUUCCCAAUGUUUCUGCACGCUGGAUGGUUUGCGAGAUAUCCAUACACUUUAACUGCGAUGGAAAAAUUCCUCCAGGACAUACUGUCCAUGAGCGACGUAUGGAUAGUCACGGUUUCCCAAGCCAUUGAGUGGAUCAAGUUUCCAACACCACUAGAAAAUAUUGAGGACUUUGUUCCCUGGAAAUGUGAUUCCCAACCCCCACCCGAC